AACGUUCAGCACGCCCCUCUCAAGUCCCCUAAAAUGCCUUCUCAAAAGACUUUCAGAACGAAGCGCAUCCUCGCCAAGGCCUCGCGCCAGAACCGCCCCAUUCCUCAGUGGUUCCGCCUGAAGACCGACACCAAGAUCCAGUACAACGCCAAGCGCCGUCACUGGAGACGCACCAAGCUCAACAUCUGAUUCGCUUUUCUCUCUUACUCGCUUGUCGUCCCUCGCAUCUGUGGGCUUCGAUCUCACGGAGGGGAGCGGUUACCGGUGGAAGGGCCCACCGAUGUCACCCUUAUCCCCAUCACUUCACGCAUGCAUGUAUUGCUCCGCUAUUGACAUAUGACCUCGAAAAUCGAUCGCAUGCCC